AUGGAUCCUAUACUUCUAGAUGAUGUGAAUGAUGUCCUUAAACGCGAAAAAUUAUUUAAAAAACAUGCACUUAAACACCUUCAGUCACUCACUUUUUCUAAACCAGAUAUUUCUUACAAAUCUGAAUUGUUAAGAACACAAAAAGAAUUAGAUGAUUUAGAGAAAGAAUAUGUAGAUGUAGACAACAAUAAGAAAAUUCAAAAGAAUGAGAAGAAAAUACAAAAAGAAAUAAAGAAAAUAGAUGAAGAAUCAGAAGAAAUAGAAUAUGAACCAGAAUUGAGUAGAAAAGAAAGGAGAGCGAAAAAUAAAAAGAAGUAUCCUUCAUUUUUAACUAAAGGUAAAAAGAAACGAGAGAUGAAAUCGAGGAAGAAAGCAAGAAGGCGAAGGCGUAAUUAA